GGUUUGACUUUAGUUGCGAUCGGACUGCGUGCCGUUACAGUUAGAAAAUCGGAGGAAAAUCGACAGCGGACGGAACCCGAUCGAUCGAUUGAUCGGUCAAAAUCGCUUAAUAAUUAUGGUCAAUAAUAACUAGAAUUACUGUGAAAACACAUUCGAAGUAAAGGAAAGAGUGAGACAGCGUCAAGUGUGCAGCAAUUUCUGCUUCUGUUUUAGUGCCUAAGUGCCACACAAAUACGCACUAAAAAAUUUCAAGAAUUUUAAGUGGAAACAUUCUCGAAUUCUGUGAACUUUCUCAAUUGUGUUUUGGUGAAACAUUUACAUUUUAACCGAAGGCAAGAGAAAUUCCAACGCAGAGACACUUUGGCUAUUUGGCAAGAAGCUUUUUGCUAUGGAGCAACGCACAUUGUGAGAUGUUGCAGUAAAAUCAAACACGAUCCAAGGAACACACCCUACCCAGCAGCCGAAUGAUCUAUGGAAACUGCGAUGAUCAACGCCCACGAUCGGAGCUCUUUUGGUGAUGGCUGCCAUAAAUCCAUCAUCUCACUGAGUAUAUCACACACGACCGCCCCCAAUAAUUAAAAGCCGUGCGGCAUCUUGCGUUUUUUGGGGGAAAGUAUUUCCGUUGCACCAACAAGAUAGGUGAUCAUCAAGAGGAUCAUCAUCUCAGCAUCGUCUUCAUCGGCAUCCGAUUGCAAUUGUAAGCGGAGUGGAGGAUCACUUCAAAGGCACACAUGUUGCACACUAAAGAGGCAACUGUUGUUGUUUCCAUUAUAAAUUAGAAACUAGAAGAUCACCGAUCUUCUUCCGACGCGAAUGAAAAAGGGAGAGCAGUCUAUCUAGAGCGGAGCACUCUAAAGUGGAUUUCCGGUGAAUAAAAAACCACACAGCACAUGCGACAAACUGCGACAAGGGAGUUGCUGUUGCAGUUGCAGUUGCCAUUGUGGCACUUUUGAAAGUGCCUGUCCCUCUGCCUCUGGCAAGAGUUACAAAAAUAAAUAUCCUAAAAAUGGCUGCUGGCUGGAGUUGGCGAGCCAGUCACUCAACGAUCACAAUGAAGAGCGGGUCGCUGGCGAUAUUUGUGCUACUGCUGCUGCUGUUUCAAGUUGAAGGCCGCCGCCAAGUGGCCAAUAGUCAGGAAAUGCUAAAAGACAAUUCGGGAGGCAGUCAAAAUAAAACCUCGGCUAUUUCAAGUAACACCAACCAAACAGCAACAACGGAUUUGGACGAUGGCCCUGCGGAUGAUGAUGAUAAUAAAGCUGAACUGCCGGAGAGCGAAAGUGGAAAACCCUAUUGGCGGCAUCCCAAGAGAAUGAGUUUUCUCCAGACGCGACCUUCGGGCUCACUGCUCGCUUUAAACUGCCAAGCUGUGGGAAAUCCUGAGCCGAAUAUCACUUGGUAUCGCAAUGGAACCGUUGAUUGGACGCGCGGGUAUGGCACUCUUAAGAAAAAUCGAUGGACAUUGACCAUGGAGGAUCUGGUGCCGGGUGACUGUGGCAACUACACCUGCAAGGUGUGCAAUGCCUUAGGCUGCAUUCGACAUGACACCCAGGUGAUCGUAAGCGACCGGGUUAAUCAUAAGCCCAUCUUGAUUACCGGACCCUUGAAUCUCACUCUCGUGGUCAAUGGCAGUGGCAGCAUGUACUGCAAAUAUCUGUCGGACUUAACCAGCAUGAAGGCCUGGAUCUUUGUGCCCUGCCAGGGGAUGACCAACUGCUCCAACAACCGCACGAUCAUCGCCCAGGGUAAGGAUCAGCUGGAGUUCGUGAACGUGACGAUGGAACAGGAGGGCUGGUAUACCUGCAUCGAGAGCAAUAGUUUGGGUCGAUCGAAUAGCACCGCUUACCUGCGAGUGGUGCGAAGCCUGCAUCUUUUGGAGGCCGGAGUGGCCAGUGGCGUGGAGCGCACCAAUCUCAUGUACUUCAUCGUCUUUGGCGGAUUUCUUUUCAUCAUCAUGUGCGCCUCGUUUCUCUUUUAUGCAGUGCGCAAAAUGAAGCAUGAAAAACUGCUGAAACAACGCAUAGAAACCGUGCACCAGUGGACCAAAAAAGUUAUAAUCUUCAAGCCCGAGAGUGGCGGAGAUUCCAGUGGAUCCAUGGACACCAUGAUCAUGCCGGUGGUGAGGAUAAAAAAGCAGCGAACCACCGUCCUUCAAAGUGGCAAUGAACCGGCUCCCUUCAAUGAGUACGAAUUCCCACUAGAUUCGAAUUGGGAGCUGCCGAGAAAUCAUCUCGUUUUGGGCGCCACUUUGGGAGAAGGUGCCUUUGGUCGGGUGGUCAUGGCGGAGGUCAACAAUGCCAUUGUGGCUGUGAAAAUGGUGAAGGAAGGCCACACGGAUGACGACAUUGCCAGUUUGGUGCGGGAAAUGGAAGUUAUGAAGAUCAUCGGACGUCACAUCAACAUUAUUAACCUAUUGGGAUGCUGCAGUCAAAGUGGGCCACUUUAUGUAAUCGUUGAAUACGCACCGCACGGCAACCUCAAGGACUUUCUCUACAAAAAUCGACCAUUUGGCAGAGAUCAGGACCGGGAUAGUUCACAGCCGCCUCCAUCGCCGCCAGCUCAUAUAAUAACCGAAAAGGAUCUGAUUAAGUUUGCCCACCAAAUUGCACGGGGAAUGGAUUACCUAGCCUCCCGGCGCUGCAUUCAUCGAGAUUUAGCCGCCAGGAAUGUACUUGUCAGCGAUGAUUAUGUCUUGAAGAUCGCUGAUUUCGGGUUGGCAAGGGAUAUCCAGAGCACCGAGUACUAUAGGAAAAACACGAAUGGAAGGCUACCCAUUAAAUGGAUGGCCCCGGAAUCGCUGCAGGAGAAGUUCUACGACUCGAAGAGCGACGUCUGGUCAUAUGGAAUUCUGCUGUGGGAGAUCAUGACAUAUGGACAACAACCGUAUCCCACGAUCAUGUCCGCGGAGGAGCUCUACAGUUAUCUAAUGUCCGGGCAGCGGAUGGAGAAGCCAGCAAAGUGUUCCAUGAACAUCUACAUACUCAUGCGACAAUGUUGGCAUUUCAACGCUGACGAUCGGCCGCCUUUCACGGAGAUCGUGGAGUAUAUGGACAAGCUGCUGCAGACGAAGGAGGAUUAUCUGGAUGUGGAUAUUGCCAAUUUGGAUACGCCGCCCUCGACAAGCGACGAGGAGGAGGACGAAACGGAUAACCUGCAAAAGUGGAGUAAUUACUAAUCGAUCUAAGCUAGUUUUCCAUAUCUUUCGAAUCGAUCCUGCGAAGAAAUGAAGCAAUUUAGGUUAGCUUCUAAGCCGCAGUCAGAAAAAACCAAAAUUGUUAUUUAUUAAUUAUUUGGUUUGAUCCUAGAACACUCUUUAAAAGAUCCAAGGUUUAAAUUAAUGUUACAAAAAACUAUCUACACUCGAAUUUAUGUAUAUAUAUAUCUUAUUGCCUGUUAAUUAAAAUUGCCUGUAUAUCUUAUAAAAAAAAACACAGCAAAAUAGCACCAAAGGCGUAAAACCAAAAACUAGCUGCAACUCGAAUUUAUCCCUAUUUAAGAGUUCGUUUAAUACAUAUUAUAGGUAAUAUCUUAGAAACUAGUAAGCGUAAUAAUAAGUUUCGAUUAAGACUCGGUUGUAUUUCUGUUGUAUUUUUCAUUGUACUGAUCUUUGUAGUAUUCGCAGUUUUAUACUCGCUAAAUUAUACUCGUAGCCCAUAAGCACAACAAUGUUCUAUGUUAGAGUUAGUUGCAUGCCCGCAGUGCCUUAUGAAACAAUAAAUGUUGUACGUACAUAUCCGAAAA